GAAAAUUCUUUCUUCUUUUUUUUUUUUUUUUCCUUUUCGCCUUAAAUUCAUAAAGGAUAUUUGUUUUGGGACAAAUUUUUGUUGAACACAUAUUUUGGAACAGAAAAUGUAAUUACUAUUUUAGUAGUACAACAUAACCACAGUUCCAGAAUCUUCCCGCAGGUUCAAUCCCAACCGUCAGAUUAAAUAUAAAAGCACCCACGUGUUCGGCCACAAUCCAAUAAUUAAUCACAACAAUCCAACUCCUAACGUUACUUGUAAUUCACCUCUAUAUAUUAUUACACCAUCUCCCCCUAACCAAUUUGUUCAAAGCAAAUCACCAACACAAAAUCAAUCAAAUAUCCUCAUUAGCUUUGUCAUAAUUCCUUCAUCACCUUCUUUUUCCUGAUUACCAUGGCUCCAUCUAUUGCUAGAACAGGGCAAAAACUGAUGGACAAGGCCUACGUGACCUUUUUGGCUGGUGAUGGUGACUAUGUGAAAGGUGUUGUUGGGUUAGUAAAAGGUUUGAGGAAGGUUAAAUCGGAGUAUCCACUUGUGGUGGCAGUUCUGCCGGAUGUGCCGGCAGAGCACCGCCGUAUACUGCAAGAGCAAGGGUGCAUAGUGAGGGAGAUUGAGCCUGUUUACCCACCUGAAAACCAAACUCAAUUUGCUAUGGCUUAUUAUGUCAUCAACUACUCUAAGCUUCGUAUAUGGGAGUUUGUGGAAUACAAGAAGAUGAUAUACCUGGAUGGUGACAUUCAAGUGUAUGACAACAUAGAUCAUCUCUUUGAUUUGCCAGAUGGAUAUUUCUAUGCAGUAAUGGACUGUUUCUGUGAGAAAACAUGGAGUCACACACCUCAGAACAAAAUCGGCUACUGCCAACAGUGUCCGGACAAGGUCAAGUGGCCUACUGAGGAAUUGGGUCAGCCACCAUCCCUUUACUUCAAUGCUGGAAUGUUUGUGUUUGAGCCUAGCCUUCAUAUUUAUGAAGACCUAUUGAAGACUCUCAAGAUCAUCCCUCCUACUCCUUUUGCAGAGCAGGACUUCCUGAAUAUGUAUUUCAAGAACAUCUACAGACCGAUACCACUAAUUUAUAAUCUCGUUCUAGCAAUGUUAUGGCGUCAUCCCGAGAAUGUUGAGCUGGAUAAAGUGAAAGUUGUACACUAUUGUGCUGCGGGAUCAAAGCCAUGGAGGUACACAGGGAACGAAAAGAACAUGCAGAGGAUGGAUAUAAAAUUACUGGUGAAGAAGUGGUGGGACAUUUACAACGACGAAUCCCUGGACUACCAGAGACCAGUUGGCACGAACCAGGUGAUAGGUGCAGCUGGAGCAGUGAACCAGCUGCAACCAUUGAUUGCUGCUGCUAUGACCCAGGCUAGCGCGGUUAAAUACGUCACUGCUCCAUCCGCUGCUUAGCUUUGGACGACUCUACUACAUUGCACUACGUUAGGUUAAUUAAUGUCCCAUUCCCACAAAGAACAAACAAAAAAAAGGUGGACCUCUAAAAAAGGUUCCUGGAUAUUCAAAUUGAUAGCGUGAACGGACAACAAAUGGUUGAGAGGGAGUGGAGAGAGGCGGAGGAAGCUGUUAGUAGUUUUGCAGGUUCUUUCGAGUAAAUGAAACUGUGGAUGUUUUGUUUCACUUCCGAUUUCCUUGUAUUUGGACUGAAAUAUGAGAGUUGGUUCAUUAUGUAAAGUAUGUUUGGCGUACCUA